AUGCUCAGUAUUUCAAAUGGAUCAAAAAUCACUUCAUUAUCGAUUGAUUUCGAUCCAUUAUCAUUUACAACUGGUUAUGUUGUUAAUGUAACUGACACUGAUCUAGAUGUUGAAAUUUUCAGUUCAAAAACAUAUAAUUUUUAUCAAAUUCCACCAACAAAAUGGAGCUGCCGUUUUUUUCAACUAUCAUUAUAUUGGCAUGAAGGUCCUGCAAGUCGAAAUGUAACGCUUGCUGAAAAUCUUUUUAUCAAUUGUAAUGAAGGCAUCGGACAAGAACAAGGUCUUAUCACCAUUUUACCAAAUCCAGUUCAAUUAGUACCAGUUAUUUGUGAUAUUGGAAUGGAAUCUUCAAUAUUGUAUUUUGGAAGGUAUACUCAAGGUCUUAUUCAAGCUAAUAAUGCUAAUAAUCUAUUCCUCAAUGAUAAUUAUACAGCGACAAACAGUUCGAGAUUAUUAAUAUCUAUAUGUAAUAGUCGAAAUCUAACUGCAAGUAAUAAUACAACUGUUACUACUCAAUCAAAAAUAGAUGAAUAUUAUAUAUUUGAUAAAACACAUCCAAGUCAAAUGAAUUUGAGCAGUCUAAUUGAUCUACCUUCAUCAGCAUUUAACUCCUCGUUUCCCCCAUCCGUUAUCAUUGCAGAUUCAUCUCAUCCAAAUCAGAAACAUAAAUUCGUUUCUGAUAACAAUAAAACCCAUAAAAUUCUAAAGAAAAUAUUACACAAUCUAUAG